AUGCGAUAUGGGAUUUUUUGCAUCACAGGGGAUAGUCAUGUCGAGUGUGCUCAACAUUACCGCGAGGUGCUCGAGUCUUGUGUCGACGACUUCGAGCAAAUCCAAAAGGCUAAGAGAGCUAGAAAAGAUCCCAAAUAUGCAGCUAUGCAAGAGUCUCUAGGCAAACUUCCUUGCCUACCUGCAUCUCAGAGAUACCUAGGGAAUAUGUCCUAUCACCACUUCGUCUGCGUGUACAAGGGUCCGACUUGGAACCACGAUAACGACGAAAUGGAAGUCGAUGUUGUCGAGUUCGAUCCAGCACUGACGGAUGAGGAUUACGAGCCUAGCGAAAGGAUAUGCCCGCAGGGCCCCAUGGUAACAACACGAGUAUCAGCUAAGUAUAGAAAGGAGGACCAGAAGUCUAAAGACCAGGAUCUGUGGGAGUGGUUUCUGAACAGUAGAUCUCCUGAUUGA